AUGCCUGAGCUCUUGGACAUAAUAGAGCAGUGUGACAACUUCCCACAGAAUGACUUCACCCGAUCGGAAGCCUACGAUCGGAUGGUCGAGUCGUUGUGGCUGUUCUACCUGCCGGACGACCCAAACCCUCACGGCUGCCUGAUCGACUCGGUCGUGGAGCGGAUGCCUUGGACAUCCGACUUCCGCCUGACAACCAGUCCGCGCAAAGAAGUUCACCUUCUCAGGCGCGAGGGUACAGAGGACUGGCAACAAGGCUGCAGAGAUGCGGUGCAGGAACUUGUCGACCUCGCCCGCGAGCGAAAGGUGUUCCCCCGGCUGGGGAAGAAGACAGAGGAGCAGUUUCCCAUCGUCGGCGGUAACUUUGACAUCGGCAUCGAGCGCUCGGCAUUCAGCAUGUUUGGGAUCAUUGGUCGAGGCGCCCACAUGACCGUCUACGUCCAGACGCAGCAAGGUCUCAAAUUCUGGAUUCCAAGGCGCAGCGCCACCAAGUCGACCUACCCAGGCAUGCUUGACCAGGCUGUUGCGGGCGGCGUUGCGCGAGGCGAGUCGCCCCUGGAGUGUAUCGUCCGCGAAGCAGGCGAGGAGGCGGCGCUCUCUGCUGAUAUAGUGAGGGAGAAAGUGGUAUCUGCCGGGACGGUGACGUGGUUCAACAUCUCGGACGAGGGAGCUGGUGGCGAGCCCGGUUUGAUGAACCCGGGCAUCCUCUACGUGUACGACUUGCAGGUCGGAGAAGACGUCGUGUUCAAACCGGUGGAAGACGACAUCGAGGGCUUCUCGUUGAUGGGAGUCGAUGAGGUGGGGGAGUCUUUGCGCCGGGGCGACUUCAAGCCGAGCUGUGCGAUGGUCAUGCUGGAUUUUUUCAUCAGGCACGGCCUAAUCACCGCUGAGAAUGAGAAGGACUACGACACAAUCGUCGACAGAUUACACCGCAGAUUACCAUUCCGGACGUCGCCAAGUCUUCGAGGUGGAGAUUUGUGA